AUGUUAUUUUCCACCUGUUUUUCACAGUUAACAGUCGACAAUCUUUCAAUCCGAGAAAGUUUGUCUGCAGGUUCCAUUGUUGCAUACUUGUCAACUGAAGAUGAAGACGACUUCGACAAACAUACAUACACCAUAGUAAACGAUCCUACAAACAGGCUGACUGUGAAGGAACACCGUAUCUUUAUCAAAGUGAAACCGGACUUUGAGCAACCACCUACCGUAUGGAAUGUCACGAUCCGCAGUACUGAUCUACACGGUCUGUACAUACAAGACACUUUUGAGUUCACAAUAUUGGAUAGAAACGACCCACCAACAUCAGUAACGCUGUUCCCCGACACCAUAUUGGAGAACAGUCUGGCCGGAACACAUGUUGGGUGUCUGACAGGACAAGACGAUGAGUCUGGAAGCAAUCUCACGAUCAUUCUUGUCGACUCUCGACAUAAUACAUUCGAGAUGUAUGAAAAAGACAGUGAAAACUGCUUAAAGGUAGCUAAAGAGUCAGACAGUCGGUGCUCACAAGAUGGCGGCGUAUACUGCGUGUUAAAUAAAGAGAAAAGAAGAAAGCUGACUGUGACUGUAAUGGCUACGGACACUGGAGACGAUCCUAAAUCCUCUUAUUUCGACAUACCGAUCUACUUAAGCAAUGUUAACGACCGUCCCGUAGAAGUCACUUUGAAUCCAUCACACAUCCCUGAGAACAAACCGUCAGACGAGCCUGUAGCAGACCUGGUAACAAAAGAUGAGGAUCAUCAGACAAAGUUCAAGUAUGAACUCCUGGGUGGCGACACAGACAUGUUUUACUUGUCUGAAACAAAGCUUUUCUCUCGGGAAACGUUUGAUUUUGAAAAACAGCAAGAAAAAGAAUUUGAAAUUGAAGUAAAGUCGACUGAUAGUGGAUUGCCUCCUUUGUCGAUAGUAUCUACCAUUAAGUUCAAAGUCGGCGAUGAGAACGAGAGUCCGUAUGGCAUAUACUUGAAAUCCUACAAUGGGCAGGUACCAUUUGAGGAUAACGAGCCACUCAUCAGAGAAAAUAUGAAAGGUGUUUCCAUGAUAGGAACCAUAUUCGUCGCAGAUAUAGACAGUAAUGACAAUGUCCUAUUAAGUCUACCUCAGAACGCCGAUGGCCGAGUUUCAAUUGUACAACAAAGGUGCAUUGCCAGGCAGGGUGUAAACACGGUUUGUACCGCUACUGUGGCUGCGGAGGGAGAGUUUGACCACGAGGUGGAGCCACAGGUCAACAUCAGUAUCAAGGCAGUGGAUAAAGGCGGACUCCAAACCAUUAAACAUCUCUCUAUUCAAGUACUGGACAUGAACGACCCGCCAUUGGACAUUUUGAUUGACGGUGAAUCAGUUACCAAUAUAUCCGUGCCAGAGAAUGCCAAUCACUACGCGAUGGGGAAACUAACAGCUGUGGACGAAGAUGAAAACGAUGGACAUGGUUUCUUCUUUAUAGAUUCUGCGGGCAGAAAAUUCCUCAUCGAGCACGACAAUUUGAAGACAUAUUCGGCAGCGAAUUUAGAUUACGAAGAAAACCAAACUUACGAAAUUAAGAUUCUUGUGGAAGACAGCGGAACGCCGAAACUGCUUCAUGAGAAGACUUUCACUGUGCAUGUUGAAGAUGUAAAUGAAACGCCGUCUACUUUGUCAUUAUCUAACAACAUGGUAACAGAGAACAGUGAUGUUGGGACAGAGGUCGGUAGACUGAGUACCAUGGAUCCUGACAAUGCCCGGGAGGCUAUCCAAACAUUUACAUAUUUCUUAAUCAACAGUUCAAACGGACGAUUUACAGUCGAUGGGGACAUUUUAAGGGUAUCGAAGUCUAAAGGUCAUUGCGACAGCUCUACUUGUCGUCUGGAUUUCGAGUCUGGACCAUUUGUGUCUGUUGAGAUAAACGUCACUGAUAGCGGAUCGCCACCUUUAUCCAUCACGAACGUCUUCAAGAUACAGGUCCUGGACACCAACGACGCUCCACACACUGUCCGCCUACCUGAUAAUACUGUCAGGGAAAAUAGCCCUGCAGGUGCUCUUAUAGGGACACUUACAUCUGUCGAGGAAGAUGCUGGACAGUCAGUUUCAUACGAACUUCUUGACAGUAAAGAUCUGUUCGAGUUGAAAAGUGGAUCUAAACUGUUCAGUAAGUCUGUCUAUGACUUCGAGGACAUUUCUAUUUACAAUGUAUCAGUAAGAGCAACAGACGAUGGAGAAGACCCACUAUCGGUUGAUACAACAAUAACUAUUGAGGUUCUAAACAUCAACGAGUCGCCAGAAUUUUCUGGAGAUGUGGAAUUACAGGUGCAUGAGAACGCCGCCCUCUACAGCACUGUAGGAGUCCUGACAGUCACUGAUCCUGAUCACGGGGAUCACCUCGUCUUCACAAUCACAGGGGCUGGCGGGGCCUUCGAAGUAGCAAAUGUCGACUGCCACGAACAGGAGACUACACCAGAAACUGUCUGCACGUGUAACCUGAUGUUAAACGAACCUCUGGAUUAUGCUAAUAGGCCGGAAUAUACUGUAACAAUGACAGCCCAGGACUCGGGCGGCUUGACUGUCACACAGGAACUCUUGGUCAAAGUCAUGGACGAAAAUAGCCCUCCGACGAAUAUAUUACUUAACGGGCAAUCGGCAUCUGAGAUACAAGUCAAUGAAAACGAGCACGAUAUCAGCAUCGGGACCCUAAAAGCGGUGGACUCUGACGAGGGACAAAUCUUCACGUACAAUAUAGUAUCAACAGAUACUGGUCUAUUUGAAAUCGUCGAUGAUCAACUGAGGGUCGUGACAGAUGCUAAGUUGGAUUACGAGAGCGUGGAAGAAUAUAUGAUAGAGAUUUUUGUAGCAGACAAUGGGGUACCGCCCUUAAAUUUCACCAAGUUUUUGACCAUACAUAUCGAGGAUGUCAACGAGGCCCCCACCAACUUGUCCAUCACCAGUGCACAGGUAGUAGAGAACAGUGGCGAAGGCACGGUGGUGGGGCAGUUUCUGGUAGAGGACCCUGACAAUGCCAAGCUUCCCAGGCAGUCGGCCACCUUUACAUUGGUGGAUAAUGCAGACGGGCGGUUCAUGAUUAAAGACAACGAACUUCAGACUAAUGCUGUAUGUGCAUUCAAUGAAUUACCAGAAUACAAGAUAGAGGCUCUAGCAUCACCCGGCGAAGUGGUAGGGACGCUGACAGCAGAUGACGAAGACGACAACCAAUAUAUCGUCUACUCGUUGAUAGAUGACAAUAAUGGGUUGUUCGCAGUAUCGGAGAAUGGUAUAGUUACCAAGGCAACAGAUGAUGAACUAGAUAUCAACAAACUUUACACUAUCAUAGCAACUGCCACUGAUAAUGGUACAACCCAUAUGCAGACAGAGGAAAUUUUCACGAUUGUUGCUAUAAUGAAGGAUAUGACCAAAAUGACAUUGAACAUAACCUCUGAAGGAUCAAAUGAGAAGUUUAUGGACGGACAGCCAGUCGUCAAGGAGAAUAUACCUGACGAUACUGUGGUGGGGACGCUCGUGGCGACUGACCAACGGCCUGACCAAACAUUGACCAUCCAAAUCACCAGUCAACUAAUGGCACUUAAACUAGACACCAAAAUGACCUGUGUUAAUAAGGAUGACGGCACUGAAUGCAAAGUACAAGUAUUGACUGCUGUCGAACUGGACUUUGAAUCGACUCCCACUGUGGUCAUCAUUGGUCAAGUUAGUGAUGGUCACAAUCAGUCGUACACUCAUCAGUUUACACUACAUGUCCAGAACGUGAACGAACCUCCAGAGGGUUUGCGAUUUGACGGGGAUCAAAUAUUUGUCCAGGAAAACUUAAAUGGCGAAGUUUUUGAACUGUUUAUUGCUCAAGACCCAGAUAGAAAUGAUGUUCUGUCGUUUUCGCUCACUGAUGAUGGAGAAGGGCGGUUUACUAUAACGGAGGAUGGACACGUCGCUACUAGGCCAGAUGCCAAUAUUGAUUUCGAGGAGACCCCUUGGAUCAACAUCACAGUGGCUGUCCAGGAUACUGGAGGCCUGGGAACCCACAAAAUGUACACCGUUGACAUCUCCGACGUCAAUGAACACCCGGGUAGCAUUACUCUGACCAACAACACAGUAGAAGAAAUGGCUCCUUCUGAUACACACAUAGGUAUAUUGGAGGCUGUGGAUCCUGAUCAGGGACAAACAGUGGCUUAUAAACUUCUGGGUGACGCUGACGGAAGAUUCUGGGUGGAUGGAAACUUACUGAAGGUAAAAGAUGAGGGAAUACUUUGUACUAAAAGUGGAGGUACAUACUGCCAAUUGGACUACGAAUCCAAAACAUCACACGACAUUGUAGUGGAGGCCAGUGACAAUGGAAGUCCAGUUCUAAGAACGACGGCCGUAAUAAAUGUACCUGUCGUAGAUGUUAAUGACCCACCCAGGGACUUGACCUUGAUAUUGGUCAACGUACAAGAGGCCACCAAUAUCGGAGAGACCAUUGGGAAAUUAACGAUAAUGAAGAAACAUUGUUUACAUAAUACAUAUGCACAACUAUAUUUCAUUUCUCGUCAGGCGGUUGACGACGAUGUGGGUGCCUCUUUGGUCUAUACUAUCCUAUCUGGUGAUGAAGAUGGCGUAUUUUCUGUAAACGGGAAUGAUGUGCAACUCCAAAAACAUCUCGAUUAUGAGACUUCUCCCAAAUACAGCUUGGUUAUCCAGGCAAAAGACAAUGGCAAACCCUCACAAACGGUAUCUGGUACUUUUGAAUUGAAAAUUGCUGAUAGCAACGAAGCCCCAGGUGUUCCAUCAUUUAUACCCAAAACAGGAGCAAAUAAUGACUUCCCAAUUAACAAACCGGUGGUCGACGAAAAUGCGGCUCUGAACACUGUCAUCGGACAAAUCGUCGUCCAGGACCCGGAUGAUAAGGAUAUGAUCAUGUUUACUACAACAAAUACGGAUGUUGCUUUCUUUCACCAGGAAUGUUGGUCUCUUAAAAAGGGUGUGCACUGUUCGUGUGACGUAAGGACACUCGUGGUGUUUGACUACGAGUCAAAGCACUCUGUGAAUGUGUCUGUGACGGUGACUGACAGACAAGGACUUGGCUCUUCACUGGUGGUCCCUCUCGAUAUCGCUGAUAUAAACGAUCCUCCCACUGAUAUUCUUCUGAAUAACCAAUCCUCGACAACCUUGUCUGUGACAGAGGACUCUAAGGGUGUGACAUUGGCAUCCAUGAAAGCUGUGGAUGUAGACGCGGAAGACUCCCACACAUUCUCUAUCCUCACCAGAACCAACGCCUUUUUCGUCGUCGGCUCUUCCAUUGAGGUCUCUCCCCAAGGCCUAGACUACGAACUAUACCCCACACACGAUAUUGUUAUCCGGGUAACAGACAACGGAGACCCUCCUCUCUAUAUGGAUAAACAUGUCACUGUUGAAGUCAUCGAUGUCAACGAAGCUCCGGGACAUAUUUUCCUGUCCAAAAACGAGGUGCCUGAGAAUAGUGAUAUUGGAUUCGAAAUCGGAACAGUGAUAGCUGAUGACCCCGAUAAUACAAGAUCUAAUUCCCAGACGUUCACAUACUCCUUAACGGAUUCGGCAGAGGAAAGAUUUACGCUCGACGGUGCCCGUCUAAUGGUAGCGAAGUCUGAUUUUGACUUUGAGAAGGAGAGGAUGUACGUGUUACGCGUACUGGUGACUGACACAGGGGUUCCCUCGUUAUCUACUGAGACAACCGUCACAAUUUACGUCACAGAUGCCAACGAUGCCCCUAAGGACGUACAGUUAAUUGGAGGGAUCGUGAGCGAAAAUUCUGAGAUGGGAACUGUUGUUGGGAGUUUUAUAGCGACAGACGAUGACAUCAAUCAACAUAUAACCUACUCUCUGUUGUCUAACGACUACUUCACUGUUGCUGGUAAUGAGUUAAUGGUGGACGGGGAGAUUGACUAUGAAAGCUCUCCAACGAUAACUUUAGAGGUUUUGGCAAGUGAUGAUGGCUUGCCCCAGAUGUCGGUUUCGGUUAAUGUGACGGUGAGAGUUGUAGAUGUCAACGAAACCCCUGUGAACAUAACGUUACAAAUAUCUGAUAAAAUACAGGAUAUGAUGAUUCCAGAAGCGCUUGAACCUGGGGAAUCCAUAGGAUCCAUACAUGUUACUGACCCAGAUCAUCAUGAUAGAAUCACAUUGAGGCUUACUGGAAACUGGGCGGCCAUGUUCAAAGUGUCGCAGAACCCUUUGUGCAAAUACACGCCAACGGUGUACCAUAACACUGAGUGCGAGUUCGACCUAACUUUAACUCAGUCUGUUGACUAUGAAGGUAACAGCGAAAACAUAACUCUCGAGGUCGAAGCAUCCGAUAUGGUUGGAAAAACAACCCAGAACAGUUGGGAGUUCGGUGUGAAAAACAGCAACGAGCCCCCUUCGGAUAUCUUUAUUGACGGUGACAUAAGAACAAUACCUGAAAACUCGCCGGCAUUCUUGAUAGGAAGCUUAAACGCUCACGAUGAUGAUGUUGGGGACGAGUUUGUUUAUCAUAUAUUGACACACUGGGACACAUUCCGGAUUAGCCGAGACCGGUUAUAUUCUGUCCCUUCACUGGACUAUCGAGGCUGAACAAUCAGUGACGGUCAACAUCCGGUGUA